AUGGAGGCUGAGAGAGAGAAGAGGAAGAGGCUGGAUACCGGAAGAUAUUACUGACACAGGCGGCGGGGCUGCUCAGGGAGCUAGGAUACACGGGACCUUUGUCUGAUGAAGAUGCUCUGCUGGAUUCCUGUGAGUUAGGAGCUGCAUGUCAGCAGUUUACCGCACUCUGUGUGUGGCUUGUGUCAGAACUAAAAUCUGUGUCUUAUCUAGUGGAAAAUGUCAGCCCUACUGAAGGCCCGACUGAUUCGGAGACCUUUCAGCUGGAAAUAAGUGGUGUGAUGAACGAGCUCCACUGUCCAUACUCAUCCCUGACCACUGGAAAUGUUACCUCCAGACUCUACAGUUCUUCCAACUGCCUGCAGCUUCUUGUUUUCCUAAGCACAGAGCUGGAAGCAGCCAGAAUCCUAAAUCUGCACAGCAUUCCUGAUUCUGAGCCUACAGAUCCACAAGUCCUAUACGAGCUAGAGCUGAUCAGAAAAGCUUUCGAGUUACCCGAGACUUCUCCAGAGGUCCCAGUGGCUACUUUAAUUAAGCAGUUGGAGGACAAGGUAACUGCGCUGUCUACAGAUGUACCUAUGUCUCCUCCUUUGCUGAAAACAGAGUUACGACCAGAACAGUGGGAGAUGCUGCAAGACUUACACUGGGCUAUGCUCAGAGAGUAUGAGUGUAGAAUGCGGAUGCUGAUCACAAGAUUUGAUGUCACUGUGCAAUCCUUUCACUGGUCUGAGAGAGCAAAGGUACAAGGACCCUCUAUGAAUAAUGUCUUCUGGCCUAUCAGAAAGGCUCUUAUAACAGAAUCUUUUAUCACAAUCCCCCAUCUACUGGCAGCACGGGAAGACUAUUCACGCAUUGUCCAUACCUGCAGUGCCUCUUCCUGCCAAAAAACCCGCUGCUCCAUCCAGAAGGUACUAAUGACAGGUAAUGUGCCUGAUCGAGGAGGAAGACCCAAUGAAAUCGAGCCUCCUAUGCCAUCUUGGGGAGAAAGAAGAGAGGGAGGUGGUGGGCAUCAGAGGUGGGGCAAAAAAAAAACAAACGAAAAAAGAAAU